CUCUCUCUCUUUUGCACUCUUAACCUAUUCUUCACUUUUUAGGAAAGUCCCAACUAUUUCUUGAUUUUCCUUCAUGUUUCAAACGCAUCUCCACCUCACCCAUUCAAACCCCCAAAGACAAAGAGGGGUACUCUUUUAAUUUCAAGUCACACCCCAUUAAAACCUCCUUCCCUUUCCGCUGCCCAAACUUAAACAACCAAUCCCUCCUCCCUUCUCUUCCUCCAAUUCUUUCUUCCCUUUGAUUCUCUCUUCCCUUUACCAAAAUUCAAAACCCUAAAAUUUCUCUCUUUCUUUGGUCUUUCUACUGCCAAAUCUCCUUACACUAGAUACUAUAGGGUCCUCAGUUCUUUUGCCUGAUCAUGCCUUUGUUUUGUACAAAUCAAAAGCUGCAAAAAAGUUCUCCUUUUCUUAUCAAAAUACCAGCAUUUUAGGGUUUUCUCAAAUUGCAAGACUCAAUCUAUUUCUCUCUGCUCAACUGUGAUUCUAUCUGAAUGAUCUGAAGUCUUUUUUUGGUUGCCAAACAGUCGGGUUUUCUUGUAAAAUGUCUGAUGAUAUGAUGAUACAUUUCUCCUCCAACUCUUCCAAUCAAUCAGACCAGUCCUUGCCUACCAAGAUUGCCAAACUCGAAGCUCGCAUGGUCGGUAAGGCUUCUUCUGUCGCCUCCACCCCCGUCCAACCUCAGCAGCUGCAGCAGCAACCCACUUGGUCCUCUAUCUCUUCUACAGUGAAAUUUGGGCCCGCCGAGGACUUGAGUGAGCAGUUGAGCUCCAGUGAUUCUGAUGACGAUAAUGGAGGUGAGUUUCUUAUACUGGCGAACACACAGAAGCGCCAAAGAAUACAAGAAGAUAAUAAUUCGUCAGCUUUUGAACAUCUGGAGAUGACACAGGAAGUGGCUGAUGUAAGGCAAAAGACUGUGGAAGCCGUGGAGACAAAAACUGGUGUUGAUGCAAAUAGGAGAAAACAAGGGCGUGGUAGAGGGCAUUCUGUUUCAGGUAGAGGACGUGGUUCGAGGGGCAAUGAUCAGAUGAGAUCACAAAUUUCUUCUCCAAUGACAUUACCUUCAAAUGAGCAGCUUGAGAAUUCAUACCACAAGGAGGAUGUCACUUCCCUACGUGCAAAAGUUGCAGUGCUAGAGGAGGAGCUUCGGAAAUCUCGUCAAGAGGCCUCUGAUAAUCAUAAUCUCUGUUGCCAAUUAGAAAAGGAAUUGAAGGAACUAAAAGAUUAUGAACAACAAAUGAAGCCAAAGAGAACAAAAAUGAUAUCUGAUCUGCUGAUAUCCGUCUCAAAAGCAGAAAGACAGGAAGCUAGGAUGAAGGUCCGACAGGACUCUUUAAGACUUGGCAAUGUGGGUGUGAUAAGAGCUGGAACUGUCAUAUCUGAGACAUGGGAGGAUGGGCAAGUGCUGAAAGAUCUAAAUAAUCAUCUGAGACACUUAUUGGAAACAAAGGAGGCAAUUGAGCGGCAAAGGAAGUCACUGAAGAAACGACAAUCUGACAAGGGUGACGGAACAGAUGCAGAGUUAGGAGGACAAGAAGAAGAUUUUUUCAUCCAGGACGAGAUUUUUAAAUCUCGACUAGCAAGCAUUAAGCGAGAGGAAGAAAUUAUUUUGCGUGAGAGAGAUCGUUAUGAACUGGAAAAGGGACGUCUAAUACGUGAAAUGAAACGAAUACGAGAUGAGGAUGGUUCCCAUUUUAAUAAUUUUCAGAUUUUGAACCACCGUUAUGCCCUCCUAAAUCUCCUUGGUAGAGGAGGAUUUAGUGAGGUUUACAAGCAGGCUUAUGAUUUGAUCGAGCAUAGAUAUGUUGCAUGUAAGCUUCAUGGUCUAAAUGCUCAAUGGAGUGAAGAUAAGAAGCAAAGUUACAUAAGGCAUGCAAUAAGAGAGUACAAUAUUCACAAGACAUUGGUGCAUAAUCACAUUGUUCGGCUUUGGGACAUUUUUGAGAUUGACCACAAUACAUUCUGCACUGUCUUAGAGUAUUGUAGUGGAAAAGAUCUUGAUGCUGUUCUCAAAGCAACACCUAUACUGCCUGAGAGAGAAGCUCGGAUCAUUAUUGUACAGAUAUUUCAAGGCCUUGUAUACUUGAAUAAAAGAGUACAGAAGAUUAUCCACUAUGAUCUGAAGCCUGGGAAUGUUCUGUUUGAUGAGUUUGGUGUUGCUAAAGUUACAGAUUUCGGUCUGAGCAAGAUAGUGGAGGAUGAUGUUGGAUCUCAGGGAAUGGAACUUACAUCCCAGGGAGCUGGAACAUAUUGGUACCUGCCACCUGAAUGCUUUGAGCUCAACAAGACCCCUUUAAUCUCAUCAAAGGUUGAUGUCUGGUCGGCCGGAGUUCUACUCUACCAAAUGCUCUUUGGCAGACGUCCUUUUGGGCAUGACCAGACUCAAGAACGAAUAUUACGUGAAGACACAAUCAUCAAAGCUCGCAGGGUUGAGUUCCCCUCAAAGCCUUCCGUCUCAAAUGAGGCAAAGGAUUUUAUUCGUCGAUGUCUAACAUAUAACCAAACGGAGAGACCAGAUGUUCUAACUAUUGCUCAAGAUCCGUAUCUUACAUACUUAAAGAAGUAGUGUACAAAGAUGCAGAUAAGAAGGGUUGCACAGGGCAGGAAAGCAGACAAAAAGGAAAAAGGAAGAAGUUAUUAUGCAAGACCAAUUUGGAAUUUUGUAUAGCCUGUAAAGGUCUUGUAAAAAUUUUUUUACCCUGGCUUUUGAGGCCAAUAUUUUAGAUCCUCUCCCCUCUCCCUCCUUUUUGGGUUAAAAAUUUCAUUUUGGCAUUUUGAUUUGUUUGUUGUAACUGGUUCUUAUAUUUUUGAAAGAGGGAAAAAGAAAAUGACCUGUACAGAAAAGUUUAUUUACCUUUCAGGAAAUGGAGAAGGGAAGCUGGUGCUUCACAGCAUUUGAGCA